AUGGCCUUCUCAAUGCCACUCUUCCUUCUAACACUCUUCUUCUCUUUCCAAUCUUCAUCAUCAUCACUCACGAAGGGUUCUUCCCUCUCAGUGGAGAACCCCCAAGACUUCAUCAUCUCCCCAAACGGCGUCUUCUCCGCUGGCUUUAUUUCCGUCGGCGAAAAUGCUUAUUCCUUCGCCAUAUGGUUCACUGAACCGCAUUUCCACACCCCCAACACCGUGGCGUGGAUGGCGAACCGUAACCAACCCGUGAAUGGAAAGUGCUCGAAGCUUUCCCUCUUACACACAGGUAACUUAGUCUUGCUUGAUGCUGCUUUUAACAGCGCUUGGUCUUCAAACACCGCUUCAUUAGCCCCACUAGAGUUGCAUCUCAAAGAUGAUGGCAAUCUCGUGUUACGUGACUUGCAAGGAACCGUUUUAUGGCAAAGUUUUGAUUUUCCAACUGAUACACUUCUUCCAGGUCAACCCCUUACUAGGUACACACAACUUGUGUCUUCAAGAAGCCAAAGUAACUAUUCCUUUGGUUUCUAUAAGUUUUUCUUCGACGAUAGCAACGUUCUUUCUCUUCAGUACGAUGGUCCUGAUGUUUCAAGUAGUUAUUGGCCCAAACCUUGGUUACUAAGUUGGGAUGUUGGAAGGUCUUAUUUCAAUAGUAGUAGAAUUGCGGUGUUGGAUUCUCUUGGGCGUUUCAAUUCAUCGGAUAAUUUCACUUUUAUGACAUCUGAUUAUGGCACGGUGUUACAAAGAAGGUUGAAAUUGGAUUGUGAUGGUAAUGUUAGGGUGUAUAGUAGAAAUAAUGUGUUAGAAAAAUGGUAUGUUUCGUGGCAAGCGAUUUCUAGUGGUUGUGUAGUUCAUGGGAUUUGUGGGGCUAAUAGUACUUGUGAUUAUGAUCCUAAGAAUGGGAGAAAAUGUUCGUGUCUUCCGGGGUAUAGAUUGAAGAAUCGCAGUGAUUGGUCUUAUGGGUGUGAACCCAUGUUUGAUCUUAGUUGCAAUAGAGAUGAGACUACUUUCUUAGAGAUGAGGGGUGUUGAGCUUUAUGGUUAUGAUAAUCAUUAUGUUGAAGUUAGUAACUAUAGUACUUGUGAAAAAUUAUGCUUACAAGAUUGUACUUGUAAGGGGUUUCAGCAUUCAUAUGGAGAGAAAAAAGGGUUUUAUAGGUGCUAUACCAAAACACAAUUACUCAAUGGACGGCGCACACCGAUGUUCAGUGGAACAACGUAUUUGAAAUUGCCUAAGGGUAACAACUUCUCUCAUAAAGAAUCUGCCACUGACGCUGUGUAUGACCAUGUUUGUUCAGUUCAACUACAAAGAGUUUAUACCAAAGUGCAUGCAAGUCAUUUUGUGAAGGCUUUUCUGUGGUUUGCAACCACACUUGGAAGUCUUGAAAUGGUUUGUAUUUUUGUUGUUUGGUGUUUUCUAAUUAGGACCAGCCAAAAGUCUAGUGUAGAUCAACAAGGGUAUCAUCUUACAGCAACAGGAUUCAGAAAAUUUAGCUACUCUGAGCUGAAAAAGGCAACAAAAGGGUUCAGUGAAGAGAUUGGAAGAGGUGGAGGUGGGGUUGUGUACAAAGGUCUAUUGUCAGAUCAAAGACAUGCAGCAGUGAAGAUGCUUUAUAAUGCUAAACAAGGAGAAGGGGAGUUUCUUGCUGAAGUGGGCAUCAUUGGAAGGCUUAACCAUAUGAACUUAAUUGAAAUGUGGGGAUACUGUGCUGAGGGUAAGCACAGGUUAUUGGUAUAUGAGUAUAUGGAAAAUGGUUCUUUGGCUGAAAACCUCUCAUCUAAUACUCUUGAUUGGAGCAAGAGAUAUGAAAUCGCUCUUGGUAUGGCAAGAGUUCUCUCAUAUCUACAUGAGCAAUGCUUGGAAUGGAUUUUACAUUGUGAUAUAAAGCCACAAAACGUACUCCUAGAUUCAAACUAUCAACCCAAGUUAGCAGAUUUUGGAUUGUCUAAGCUUCUCAACAGAAAUAACCUCAACAAUCCAAGCAUCUCUAUGAUCAGAGGAACAAGAGGUUAUAUGGCACCUGAGUGGGUUCUUAACUUGCCUAUCACAUCCAAGGUAGAUGUUUAUAGCUAUGGAAUUGUUGUUUUGCAAAUGAUAACGGGAAAAAGCCCAACAAGUAUCCAAACUGUUGAUGGAGAAGAAACUUAUAACGGGAGGCUAGUUGCAUGGGUGAGAGAGAAAAGGAGCAAUGUGUCUUGGGUGGAGGAAAUUAUUGAACCUGCAAUUGGGUCAAAUUAUGAUAAAAAUAAGAUGGAAAUUUUGACUAGAGUGGCUUUGGAGUGUGUAGUAGAAGACAAAGAUUUAAGGCCCCCCAUGAGCCAAGUGGUUGAGAUGCUUCAAUGUCAUGCAAGUGAUCCUAAUUAA